CACCUCACCUCGUCAUCAUCACCACAAUCAUCCUCCACUACUGCUACAACAACAAUAAACAUUGUCUCCUCCGUACCUCCUACCCACCCCACCACACCUCUACACCUCUACACCUCGAUUAGGUACCCAAGGUACCGAAGGAAGGUCGCCCAGGUCAAAGGUACGGGAGCUCAAGUUAAACCUUGGGUACCUGACUAGACCAUCAUCUGGUACUACCAAAGCUGCCCCAGGUAAAGCCAAAAUUCAAGCCUCGCGUCCGCGUUGCCCUGACAUGCAAACCCCACCCCAUGCAUGACUCUGUGUAAACAAUAUAAUCCAUACCUGUCUACCUACCGAGUACCUACAUAGGUAAUCACAACCGCCCGCUGUCGCCGCCGCCGCCCCCGUUUCCCGAUGUCUGAGGACGUAUCUCGCUUUCUGUCCCAGGUUAAAGAGUUGGGAGAACGCCGGAUCGAGGAGGAUGAAGCCCGGUCCAGAGAAUUGGAAGAGAAGAUAUUACAGGAUCGGAAGGAACGGCAGGCUCGCCGCCGUGAACGCGCCAGAUCUAUCUCGCCCCAAAAAUCGUCACCUGCAAACACCCCGCCUCCUUCUCAACCCAACGAUAGCCACCGCCCAGAACGCCUAGAUUUGGUUGCCUCUCCUAUUCUCUAUCCCCCUUCUGACCCCCAGUCGCAAUCUGUCCCGGAGGCUGAGGAGGAGAAUAUGGCUACCGCCGCAACAAUAUCAAGCUCUCCGUCCAAGGAGAACGAAUUGCCCGUUGAACCCGAUGUCAAAGCCAAUUACCCACCAUCACCUACACGGAGCGGAACACUUGGCAGAGGUCUCUCUUGGCAGAGACGGCCUAAUUCACAGGCUUCGGAGCGGUCGAGAAGCCGGCCACUCUCCGUGGUUGCAGCCGAAAAUGCGACACGCUCCUCCAAUUCCAUCUCCGACCAGGAUACAGUCGUCGACAACAUGUCGAGAGAUCAGAUUGCUGCUGCGCUAUCGUCGAAAGACCCUUCUUGGUUUCGCCAGACUGCUGAUAGAGGCGCCAAUUCAGCUGCGUAUAGGCGAUCCCAGGUUGAAGAUACACAGACAGUGGACCCAUUUUCUGCCCAAACCCAACUUCCGGGUAUGUCGCGUAGCACAUCGGCCGGAUCUUUCAAAAACGGAGAUACCCCUCCCGUGGUGUCCUCAGCGCUGGGGAGCACUGUUACUUCACCUACAAACUUACCAGACCCUCAAAAAGUAGACCUACCACCAGAUACAGUUCCAUCAGAUAUCGCCGCGACUGCAGACACGCGAGGCCCUUUCUCUCCGCCCCACGGCCGAACGUCACCCACAAAAACAGACCGGCCUAUUUCACCAACGAAAGGCAUGGGCGGCUUUGUGCAAAGCGCCAUGAUGAAGCGCUCAGAGAGUGUUAGUAAACGGUGGAACGUACAAUCACCCGCAGGAUUGCAACGCGCGGAUCCUACCGCUCCAAACCGCAAUAGCUAUGAUCCCAUAAGUCGAACCAGCGUUAACGCCAAGGUCCGACCUACGAGUAUACUUCGUGAUUCCUCCGCAGAGCAAGUAAGGUCCAGCUCAACUGAUAACAAAGAAGAGGAUAGGCUAGCAUCGACAACAGGCACUUCGCUAAGACUAGAUACAACUUCUCCAGAGCCGCAGGGUCAGUAUUCUGGCAAAGAUUCACCUCCUGUUAGCCCUUCAAAAACUAUGGAUCCUCGCAGGUGGAGUCCUACAAAAUCUAGCUGGCUGGAGUCAGCACUGAACAAACCGGAGUCUCCAAAGCCCAAGCCCACUCAACCUCCGCCCAAUCAACCAGCAUGGAUGGCAGAAAUCCAGAAGGCAAAGGCCCAGAAGGCAGGUAAUCCCGGAGCCGAAAGCACUAAGCCCCCAGUCGUUUCACACAAGCACCAAGUCAGUAUUGGUGGGCUUAUGAGGUCCUCUGCCCCUGGCAUGACGAUAACUCCAGUCGGACGGGGCAGUCUCCAUAGCCCGUCUCCAUCCAUUAGCAGCAUCAACACUCCUAUGAUUAAUUCGAAACCUGCCGAAAGCCAGCCACCACCAGGGCCAGGUCCAAUCAAGUCCAAUUCCGAUUCGACUGUGGAAAUCAAACAAGUAGGAAUGCCUGCUGUCAGCAAAGUGAAGCCAGAGACUCCUCCUAAGAAAGACUUCCGAGCAAACCUCAGGCAUCGAGCACCAGCUUCUAGCACUACACCACAUACUGGCUCACAACAGCCGGAAUUCAAGAAUGUGUUCGGCAGCCUUCGAAAGACCACCACACAGAACUAUGUUGCCCCUGAUGAACUCAAAAAUAAUAUUAGUAGAGGAAAAGCUGCGUUGACUGUAACGAACGGACCCCAAAAGUCGGAGCGGGUAGACGAGUUUAAGGAUGCCAUCAUAGCGAAGAAGAAGAGUUUCCACGAAGCGCAGUCUGAAGGGCGAGGCGUGACGCGAAAUGGCAGUGUGUCAAGUGAAAGACCAAUCCCUGAAGGCCUUCAAAAACGAGCUGAAUUGGGUCGUUCCAACACCAUCAAGCGAGACACAACGUCUUCUGGUAAAGCUGAAACGGAGUCACGCCGCCCAAGUGUCGUGUCUCAGCGAGACUCAGUGCCAAAGAGCUUUGCGGGAAAUUUUGAGCGCUUUAGUACUUUGGAGAAGCGUGCCUCGGUCAUAGAGGGAUUGAACUCAACAAAGCCAUCAACUACACAAAAACCCCCUAUCUCUAAACUUUCUAGUGUUUUGGCGAAUCCAGUCAGCGAGUCCAACAGUCCAGUUCGUAUUCCAGGCAAGCUUGGUGGAAGCACAUUAGCAAACCGAUUCAAUCCUGCUCUUGCUGGUAUCAUCGGUAGAGGACCUCCUCCCACUACGGGUUCAGGGGUUAGCUCUGGCAGUAACAAACUCUCAGGCUCCCACUCUAUAGGUAAAGGCGAUGAAGUAGGAUCUGGACCCAAACUAACACAUAUGACCAAGAGUCGAGCGCGCGGGCCUAAGAGGAAAGCGCCCACGACGUCUUCCGCUCCACGUGCGACGGCUAUAGAUUCGAGACCCAUCGCAACUAAACGAGUAAUGACAAGCGACACGCCUAAAGAACAGGAUACUACUAUCUACUCAACUCAGCUGGAAGAGACGCCCAUUAAUGAGCCUUUUAAAAAAGAAGUCGUAUCACCUAUACAACCACGGCCAAAGCCCACUACUUUGAUAAGUGCGUCAAGGUUGGUCUCAGAACCCACGGACAUAGCCGAAGCCAAUAUCCCACGACCAAAGCCGGAGAGCAAGAUUCUUGGUCAGCUUGCCGCAUUCACAGCGCAAAGUCAACAGCCCAUACGUAAAACCUCGGACGAUCCACAACAAACCCCUUCCCAGCCUCCGUCGCCUGGAAAACUCAAUAUGAGUCGAAUGUCACGAUUUAUGGAUGCCACGCCAACAUCAGACAUUGGGAACGUGCCCGAACAGUCCAAAUUGCAGGAAACAUCUCUCAAAACAAGGAGUUUCCUCGACAAAUCAUCAAGCCAAGAUGCAGAGCAAAAGCCGCGUUCGCCCUCGUUAAAUAAGCCUAAAGUGCCUUUGCCUGCACCUCUAUCUUUGACCCAAAAGCGGCAGUCUUCGAACACCGAACCUAGUUCUAUUGCUGCUGAACCAGAGAGCAAGAUAGUCGCUCCUGCAGGCCCCAGACCGUUACCUAACCCCCCGGUCGCAUCAAGCGACUUUUUAUACUCAUCACGCCCCCUUCCAACGGCACCAAACUUGAAUUCAAGUCCUCAGCUGUUGCCGUCACCAGGACCACAGUCACCUUCACUUACUGUGUUACCUUUGCGGACUCCUUCGAAGCAGUCGUCCGAUAGCUCUGCGAUGCUUCGGGAUUUCUUUGGUUCAGACCGCCCUCAGAGAAGUUAUCGAGUAGACCCAACCGAGCUUUUAAUGCAAAGACCAAACCUGGAACCUCCCAGAAUCAAGACUCUAAGCGCUCAACUCUUUCAACUCUCGGCCGAUGGCAAAAAACAACCUGUCCCUGCACACCAUGAGCGUACACUUUUUGAACGCGAAAUGUAUCUCUGCACCCACUCAUUCAACGAUGAAGCUGGCAGAAAGAUCAACGAAGUAUAUUUCUGGGCUGGGGACGAAGUCCCCGCAUCAGCUGCUGAAGAUGCAGUGGUUUUUGUAUCCCGCGAAGCCCGUUCGUUUGGCGGUACGUUGAUCCACCUCAGGCAAGGGAAGGAGACGGGUGAGUUUCUGCAAGCCCUUGGAGGUAUCGUGGUCACGCACCGUGGCUCUGGUAAUAAAUUUGACUCGCUUGCUCCGCACGUUCUCUGCGGGCGGCGGUACAAUGGACAUAUUGUGUUCGAUGAAGUUGACUUCACCUCAUCAGCACUGUGCUCUGGGUUCCCCUAUCUUAUCACUCAAGGUGGCAGAUGCUACUUAUGGAAGGGCAAAGGCAGCGGUGUGGACGAGCUUAGUUGUGCACGUCUAAUAGGAAUGGACUAUGUACUCUCUGGUGAAUUGGAGGAGCUCGAGGAAGGCCGCGAGCCAACGGAGUUUUGGGACCUCUUUGAUGGGGCCAACAGGUUUGGUUCUGCUGAUCAUUGGCGGUUGAAGCCAAAGUACGAAAAAUAUUGCAGCCGGCUAUUCCUGUCGGACGCUGCCUCCGAGCAGCAGAUUAUAGAACUGUCUAUCUUUUCACAGAUGGAUUUGUUACCAACCAACAUCUAUGUGGUUGAUGCUUUUUUUGAGCUAUACAUUGUGGUGGGGUCACGCGCUCAAUCCCAGUACGCCUCGUUCCAUAAUGCCCUAGAUUUCGCCCAAGAGUAUGCAAUACUGGCAUCUAGUAUGGAAGAUAGGCCUUUUGUACCCGUCUCGACCGUUGUGCUUGAGGGCAUUCCCCGAGACUUAAAGAGUGUUUUCCGGAAAUGGCAGGACGCCCUAAGUCCUACAGUUACAAUCACGAACACAGGGUUGAAACGAGGUCGCAGCCUCAAAGUUGUAACGUUAAGCCAGGCACUCCAGGCACUAAGCGAGUAGAGCUCGCAUUCCGACAUCUGGACGUAGGCCAAAAUAUGGUAGACGCGGCUAUAGAUGGUAAAAUGUGCUAGGGUGAAGGGUCAUAGUCGGGGCAGCGGACCACUGCUGAUGAUGUCCAAGCCCCAUUGAUGCACCGUUGUUUUUCUCGCAAAAUAUGGGGCAACUGGGCGGGGCUUGGGUUGUGUAUUUGGAGUUUGUUAAGGGGUCAGCAUUGCAUUAUCAUCAUCAUCAUCGUGGCGGCGUAUAUAUUUGUCUAUUGCAACUAAACCACAGCAGGCAGUGGAAUCUUUCCCAGACUUGCUCGGAUGUAUCCUGAUGUACGAGGUACGGCAUGUUAUACAGACGAGAUGUGUGGGUUGAAUCGUAUAUCGAACCCGUCAGAUGACUUAAAAGACAGAAAACAAAAUAGAGGCAGGGCUUAUUACCCUGCGUUUGAUGGUACC